GUCUCAGAGCUGUCCGUCAGGACUGAUGGGGAGAGGUGUCCAUCGCACUGCCUGUCUCAGAGCUGUCCAUCGGGACUGAUGGUGAGAGGUGUCCAUCGCACUGCCUGUUUGCGCUCUGGCUAGGAAGGACCCACCAUAGCAACCAGUCAGCGUCUCUACAGCAACUGUGUGAGCCAGGAGACAGACCGCACCAUGGCCGAAGAAACAGCGAAAAGACCGAGACCCAAACGCAUAUAUAUUAACCACGUUGAUUCAUUCGUUGCCAAAAACAUUGGCAAGGUGAGAAAAGACGGUUUGCACCCCGGGACUGACUGUCAUAGUAAGGAAGGGCUGUCUGUACAUGGGACAUGGCUAGCAGGGUAGGAAAUAAUAUCAGUACCCAGGGCAUGGCUAGCAGGGUAGGAAAUAAUAUCAGUACCCAGGGCAUGGCUAGCAGGGUAGGAAAUAAUAUCUGUACCCAGGGCAUGGCUAGCAGGGUAGGAAAUAAUAUCUGUACCCAGGGCAUGGCUAGCAGGGUAGGAAAUAAUAUCUGUACCCAGGGCAUGGCUAGCAGGGUAGGAAAUAAUAUCUGUACCCAGGGCAUGGCUAGCAGGGUAGGAAAUAAUAUCUGUACCCAGGGCAUGGCUAGCAGGGUAGGAAAUAAUAUCUGUACCCAGGGCAUGGCUAGCAGGGUAGGAAAUAAUAUCAGUACCCAGGGCAUGGCUAGCAGGGUAGGAAAUAAUAUCAGUACCCAGGGCAUGGCUAGCAGGGUAGGAAAUAAUAUCUGUACCCAGGGCAUGGCUAGCAGGGUAGGAAAUAAUAUCUGUACCCAGGGCAUGGCUAGCAGGGUAGGAAAUAAUAUCUGUACCCAGGGCAUGGCUAGCAGGGUAGGAAAUAAUAUCUGUACCCAGGGCAUGGCUAGCAGGGUAGGAAAUAAUAUCUGUACCCAGGGCAUGGCUAGCAGGGUAGGAAAUAAUAUCAGUACCCAGGGCAUGGCUAGCAGGGUAGGAAAUAAUAUCAGUACCCAGGGCAUGGCUGGCAGGGUAGGAAAUAAUAUCUGUACCCAGGGCAUGGCUGGCAGGGUAGGAAAUAAUAUCUGUACCAAGGGCAUGGCUGGCAGGGUAGGAAAUAAUAUCUGUACCCAGGGCAUGGCUAGCAGGGUAGGAAAUAAUAUCUGUACCCAGGGCAUGGCUAGCAGGGUAGGAAAUAAUAUCUGUACCCAGGACAUGGCUAGCAGGGUAGGAAAUAAUAUCUGUACCCAGGGCAUGGCUAGCAGGGUGGGAAAUAAUAUCUGUACCCAGGGCAUGGCUAGCAGGGUAGGACAGAAUAUCUGUACCCAGGGCAUGGCUAGCAGGGUAGGAAAUAAUAUCAGUACCCAGGGCAUGGCUAGCAGGGUAGGAAAUAAUAUCUGUACCCAGGGCAUGGCUAGCAGGGUAGGAAAUAAUAUCUGUACCCAGGGCAUGGCUAGCAGGGUAGGAAAAUAUCUGUACCCAGGGCAUGGCUAGCAGGGUAGGAAAUAAUAUCUGUACCCAGGGCAUGGCUAGCAGGGUAGGAAAUAAUAUCAGUACCCAGGGCAUGGCUAGCAUGGUAGGAAAUAAUAUCUGUACCCAGGGCAUGGCUAACAGGAUAGGAAAUAAUAUCUGUACCCAGGGCAUGGCUGGCAGGGUAGGAAAUAAUAUCUGUACCCAGGGCAUGGCUAACAGGAUAGGAAAUAAUAUCUGUACCAAGGGCAUGGCUGGCAGGGUAGGAAAUAAUAUCUGUACCCAGGGCAUGGCUAGCAGGGUAGGAAAUAAUAUCUGUACCCAGGACAUGGCUGGCAGGGUAGGAAAUAAUAUCAGUGCCCAGGGCAUGGCUAGCAGGGUAGGAAAGGUUAUCAGUAGGGAAGCUUAUCAUGGUAGGGUUAUCAGUAGGGAAGGUUAUCAGGGUAGGAAAGGCUGUUUGUGCCCAGGGAAUGGCAAGCAGGGUAAGAAAAGGUUACCUGUACCCAGGGCAUGGCUAGCAGGGUAGGAAAGGCUUUCAGUACCCAGGGCAAGGCUAGCAGGGUAGGAAAGGCUAUCAGUACCCAGGGCAUGGCUAGCAGGGUAGGAAAGGCUAUCAGUACCCAGGGCAUGGCUAGCAUGGUAGGAAAGGCUAUCAGUACCCAGGGCAUGGCUAGCAGGGUAGGAAAGGCUUUCAGUACCCAGGGCAUUGCUAGCAGGGUAGGAAAAGCCAAUCUGUACCCAGGACAAUCGCUAGCAGUUUAGGAAAGGGGACGACUAGCAGGAUAGGCUAUCUGUACCGUGCGUAUAGCUAGGGUAGGAAAGACUAUCUGUACCUAGGGCAUAACUAGCAGGGUAUGAAAGGCUAUCAGUACCCAGGGCAUGGCUAGCAGGGUAGGAAAAGCCAAUCUGUACCCAGGGCAUGGCUAACAGGGUAGGAAAGGCUAUCAGUACCCAGGGCAUGGCUAGCUGGGUAGGAAAGGCUAUCAGUACCCAGGGCAUGGCUAGCUGGGUAGGAAAGGCUAUCAGUACCCAGGGCAUGGCUAGCAUGGUAGGAAAGGCUAUCAGUACCCAGGGCAUGGCUAGCAGGGUAGGAAAGGCUUUCAGUACCCAGGGCAUGGCUAGCAGGGUAGGAAAAGCCAAUCUGUACCCAGGACAAUCGCUAGCAGUUUAGGAAAGGGGACGACUAGCAGGAUAGGCUAUCUGUACCGUGCGUAUAGCUAGGGUAGGAAAGACUAUCUGUACCUGGGGCAUAACUUGCAGGGUAGGAAAGGCAGUCUAUACCCAGGGCAUGGCUAGCAAGUUUGGAAAAGGCUAUCUUUACCCAGGGCAUGGCAGACCCCAUACUCAUAUUACCACGCUUAUCCCUCCUCGUUUUCUAUCACUUUCUCCCCAUUCUCCUUUCACUCCCACUUAUCACUUUCUCUAUUUCACAUCCUCCAAUCAAUUCUAUCCAACCCUUCUAUAACUUCCACCCAUCCCUUUCUCUCACCCCAUUCUCCUCUCCCUACUCGAUCUCUCUAACCCCAUCCUCCUACCUCUCCAAACAUAUCCCUUUCUCUAUUUGUUAAUCUUAUUAUACCCAACCAUCUCUCCCUCCCUCUUCCUAUCACACACAGCCAUCCCGCCAUUUCUCCUAUAUACCUAUGAUUUCCAACACAUACUACCCUCUCUCCCUAUCCUCCUAUCACUUCCACUCACAGUUUUCCCACACCUACACAAUACAUAGUAACCUCUCACACACAGCCUUCUAAAAAAAUAUUCCCAGAUGCACACCCUAAUGAAAUUUGCUGCACACGACUAUGAUUAUUUUUUUACAUAUAUUUGUACUGAUUGUUAAAGCUAAUAUGUCUAUGAUCUAAAUACAUUUUUGGUAGUUACUGCUAUGCCUAUACCAACCUCCACACUAACACUAUACCAGCCAUAGACCUUAUCCCAAUGCUUACACUAACUAGAAUGGUAUACUUACCCUAACACUAUACCAACCAUACCCCUUAUCUCAAUGCUUACACUAACUAGAAUGGUAUACUUACCCUAAUCUUUCCCUUUAAUGUAACCCUACACUAUCCCUAACCCCAAACACCAUUAACUCUUUCCUUGCUGUAACACUAACCCUACAAACUUUACAACUAACACUGCACUAAUUCUAAUCCGACCAUUAACCCUAAGUAAACCCUCUGCUAAUAUUAAUUCUGAUAUCAGAGAUGGGUUUUCUAGUUAAAACAAUAGAAAGUGGUGACCGCCAUCUACUGGCUGUUUCCAGAAUAACAUGCUAUGGAAUUAUAAAUGGAGCCUGCUUCCUAGACGAUUACACUGUGAUCGAAGGUGGACAGCUGACAAAGCCCAGCACCAAUCAGAAUCUGCUUAGGGACAGGAAGGGAGACCCUACCCAGGUCUCUUCAAAGCCAAAGGGGGUGUCACUUCACAAGCUUGCAGCCAAGAAACACUGCAGUUGAGUGUGAUUGCUCAGUGUUAGGAAUGGACUUAAAGAGCUGUAUGUAGCACUGGACCCAACUGACAGAGGGAGCCCCAGGUACCAAUUGAUAUCUGGGGAAGCAGGGAUUUAACCCUGCUCACUCUGCAAUCUUUUUAUAGUCAUUUAAAAAUUCAAAAAGCGGAGGGGAGCUACCUAAUCUGUGGUCCCUGGCAUGGGAAAAGGUUGGUAAUACUAAAUUGAAAUUAUACAGAAAAAACGAGAACUUGCCUUGAUCGAAAUCCAUGUCUAAACUUGAAAUAAGCUAAAACUCAACAUUUAAUAUAGAUAAUUAAAAAUACCAUGGACUAGUAUAGUCUAAAAAGGUAUAACACACAUUAAUCCAAAAAAGUAUAUGCAAAGGAGAGAAAAAAAAUCACUGCUUGAAGUUCUAAACUAAAUUGCACAACAGUGGACAGCUCGCCAUGCUGUCUAAAAUAUGAAAAAUAACUGAAGGUUCUCAGUAAAUCAUAUCUGUAGUAAACGGCAUUUCAGAAUAUUUGUAAACAAUAGGCACCAAGAUACGUCCAGGUGGCAGAAUGCGAGCGGCUUGCUCUAUAUCAGCCUGAAUGCUGCAAUGUGCCGGUCAGUUAGGACUCAUAUCUCUGCUGCUGCCUUAGCCCAUACUCUUCCCCCCCCCCCGUACCCCAGGCUGAGAGAGCAUGAUGGGAGCUGUAGUCUCUCACCGACAUGCUCACAUGCAGACAAAGAGAAGAUGCCAUGAGGGCCCGCAGAUUGGUUCCCCCACUCUUUCUGAGAUGCCCCCCAACUCUGCCACUUAGGGGACCUCCACUCCCUGUGAGAUGCCAUUGAGGCCCCAGGCUUGGCCAGUAAGGGGGCCCCUCUACUCCAUGUAAGAUGCUAUGAAGGGGCCGGUGCACAUAUCGUUGGGGCCCCAUCUCUCCUCUAAAAGCCUGCUCGGUUCUCUUUCUCUCGGUCCGUGCAGUGAGCUGGGGCACAGGGAUGCCGGGCUGCCUUCAUCAGUUUGUAUGUUAUGAGCGGUCGGUGUCUGCGGUGUGAGGGGGCAGACUCCCGCUCCUACUAGUGGUGCCAUCGGCUUUUGCUACCCGGAAGAACUUGUGAUGUCAUGGUGAAAGCUCGUAUAGGGAAUGUAGCAAUAUGCUAAAUCUAACAAUUACCCGAAGACUGAUACAAAGAGAAACAAAUAGUAACAAACUCUAGCAAAGAACCAUCAAAGAGACACAUAAAGAGAGUAUAUAUUAGUGUCUAAUAUUGAGCAAGCUGUACGUAAACGUCAUGAGAAAGAAAAGUAGGUGAUUGGUAAAGAUAAAUCUUGCAGGGAUAUAGAUACAGUUGGAAUUACUUAUCAGAUUAGUAGAAUGUUAAACUGUGCCUUCGAGGGCAUCUAGUCUCGAUUGUAGAGCUAAAAUAGCUAAUCUCCUAAAGAGUUUCCGUCUUUGAAAACGAUCUAUAUAUAAUGGCUCAGUAAUCCCUCAAAAGUUUUAGCAACAAUAUAUAUAUAUAUAUACAUAUAUAUAUAUAUAUACACACACAUAUAUACAUAUAUACAGCAAUCAGACAGAUAUUAUACUAAUUGUCUAAAUAGCACCAAAGGAUUACUAAGUGAGUAUCAAAUAUCUAAGGCUGUAGAGGAAUAGUACUGAGCCAAGCCCUGACGAGAGUUUUGCCAGUCAGGCAGACUCUUUGGGGGAAAUGAGAACUAUCCCAGAACAGAGUUUUAUAUCGGUCAUAAAGACCAAUGACAUAGAAACAUAGAAUGUGAUUGCAAAUAAGAACCAUUCGGCCCAUCUAGUCUGCCCAAUUUUCUAACUACUUUACUCCCUCAUGGUGUUAACCUCUACCACUUCUGCUGGAAGGCUAUUUCAUGUGUCCACUACCCUCUCAGUAACGUAAUACUUCCUGAAAUUAUUAUUUUUAAACAUUUGCCCCUCUAAUUUAAGACUAUGUCCUCUUGUUGAGGUAGUUUUUCUUCUUUUAAAUAUAGUCUCCUCCUUUACUGUGUGGAUUCCCUUUAUGUAUUUAAAUGUUCCUAUCAUAUUCCCCGUCUCGUCUUUCCUCCAAGCUAUACAUGUUAAGAUCAGUUAGGAACUAAACUGAUCUGGCUUCAAUGAGCACCAAUCCAAAGCCUCUUGACUAAAACAAACUCACACCUUAUUUUAUUUAUUUGAUAUGCUAUAUGACAAAUAAAGAAUUGCUAUACUGGAACUGUCACUGCCGAGCUAUUGACAGUUGUGGCACAUGCACAAGAGUACAACACUGAUAUCUAUAGAGGAUCCCGCAGGAGCCUCAAUAGAAUAAGUCUCGUAAUCCAUGAAAAUUAGCCUGAUUCUCAAAGAUGUCGCUAGUGAUCAGUAGGGAAUUUCACAGAACUUGACGAUUGAAGCUCCUCUAGUUUUUGUCAAGUUCUGUCAACCUCAGGCUUUACCAAAAGACAAAGUAAUUCCCUACUUUGUUUUAUGAUAUCUUUUGACUGUGCUGUAAUUUAAAUAAAACCUAAAAAUAGCAAAUCUAAUCAUUUUAUAAAGAUUCAAUCUUUAUGAAAUCAUUUUUUUUUUUUUUUAUGAGAUGUGAAAGCUGCUUUAAAUAUGCAAACUUAUUGACCUCCGUUCUAAUCUUAGCAUAUGUACUUGUUCCUUCAGUAUCUUUCUGGCUGUGUGGUAGGAGCCUCACUUGAGGAAGCUGGUGAGGAGCAAGAGGAAGUAGAAAACGUAUCAGUCCAAGAUGCAGACUUAUCGAAUAAACCAAAAGGAGGACUUUUCCAAAUCGUUGGUUCUCUUUCUGACCCCAAUUCAAAAAAACUGAAUUUCGCCAUGGAAACUUACACGGUAACAAUAUAUUUACAUGAAAAGUUUAAUAGGAAACUCAGCUGUCAAAUAUUAUAUUUUUUUUAAUUAAUGUGUAUGGAAAUUCUUCUUAAUGGCCAAGAAGCAUCCGACAUGUAGAGAUUUAUUCUUUGAACUGUGAAUAGUGGGUAACUGACAAGGCAAUUGCACAUUGUAGACCUCUGGAGCUGGAGAAAUAUUUGAGUUGGAAAACGCUGAAUCAGCUACUUAUGUAAAAAUGUUACAAUUCCCAGCUUAGUGAAUUGACACAUGAUGUCAGUGGGAAAACAGUUAAAACAUGCUUGUGGGUUUACAAUGACCCCUACAUUAGUGCUAGGGAGGUUUUAUACCUCAGUAAAAGAUUAAAAUAACGCCACUGCAAGCGCUUAAAGUCCACAGGAGGUUUAAUCUGCAUAAAACAAAAAUCGACAAAGACCACAAUAAACACCUAACACGUUUUAGACCUACUGUUCCUUAGACAUAGGGAUCGGUUUCAGAUUUUAUACCUCGAAAUGCAGUGAGUGGGGGGCAUGUAUGUUAAACAGACUAAUGCUGCCUAGUUGCUAGUAGCUUACACACGCUGCCCUCAUCGAUGGGCAUCAGGUGGGAGGCCACUAUCCACAACCCUCCCCCCGUGCCUCAAGUUCGCAAUAUAACUGUAUAUGCCACCAUCCUCCACAUACCGUCAUUAACCCAGUAACUGUAUCAUCACCUGCCCAGAGUCACCAAACAAAUAGAGAAACCAGGUGAAGAUGACAGCUCAUUACCAACAAGUGUUUGAAUGUAUUUUAUUACUAGUCUGUAUUACCUUUAUAGUACUAUAACACACAAAACAUUGUCAGGCAUUUAAUAGAUUUUGCGUCUUAUUUUAUUUAAAAUGUAAGGAGCAGGACAGCAGUUAAUAUGCUUGCAUAAGUGCAUCUGAGAAGUAAAUUUGCAUGGACUGUAUGAGUGUGCUUGACAAUAGAAUUUGGGUAUGGGACUGGACCAGUGUUGUUUUUUUCAGGGUAAAUGACAACGCAUGAUAUGUACAGGGCAAAGGGGGGUGUCCUACUAACAUUGCAUAAUAGAUUUUUCCACUAAUAUUUUUCUUGUCAGAGUUCAAGCAGGGAUGAGCUAUUGAGUCACCUUCUGGAGUGUGAUAUAAUUAUUUACAACAUUACCGAGGAUGCUUCUCAGAUUGAUGAGGCUUCAUGGGCAGUGUCUGGUGAGUGCCAUUUUUGAAGAAGCUCUGCUUUAUAUCACUUCUGAUUUUCUCUUUUCUGAUUUUUUAUUUUAACAUAAAAUAGAUAAAAGCAACAUGACUGAAGUGCCGCAUAGCAAACACUGCAGUCUGUGACAUUUGAACUGUUCCCUGCAUGAUCUGGUAAAAGAGAUAAAGCACUUUAUUGUAAAAAGUGGUAUCAUAGAUACCCCAUACACUGUCUAGCAUUGUUGAGAUUCCAAAUAUUACGCGUAUCAUUAACAGCAAAUGUCCAUUAAUGAAAUGUUGUUUCUUUCUCCUUUCAGCACUUCACACUGAGUUGGAGCAAUUUCAGCACCCCAAAAUGUUCAUACUAAUUUCUACCAUUAUGACCUGGGCUCGAAGCAAAUCUCUUGAUCCGGUAUGAACAGUAAAUAUAGUGCUACAGAUAUUCUUAAAUUGAUCAUUCCAGCUGAAUUUGGCAGAGUACAUUUUCGGCAAUAUCAAAUCUAAAAAUGGAAGUAAAUGUCUAGCAUGUACAAAUUAAAUGUUGUAAAGUUAACCAUUGCGGUAAAAGUCAGAUGAUAUGAUCUUUGCUUUCUUCAGAUAAAAUGCAGAGCAUACACAUUGAACUUGGCCACUGCAACAUAUGUGUAGCAUUAGAUAGCAUAUAUUGGCAGCUUGACUGUACUCCCUGUGACACAGACUGUUGGGGCCACGUUUACAUUUUAUGCUAAAGUAGCUGAACUGUAAAAAUAGCUGUACUUGAAUUUCUUUCUAGUUUCAAGUGUUUUGGCCUAAAUUAUGUAAUUUUAUCCUAAGAAUGGGCCAAGGGCCAAAGCUCUAAAAUAUAUAUAUUUUAGAGAGAGAGAGAGAGAGAGAGAGCGAGCGCAAAAAUUGAUAGUAAGGGUUCCCUUAACCUCUUAAGAGAAAGCAAAAACAGUACAAAACAAAGAAUACAGGUUGCACAAAAUAUAAAGUUUACAUCUGUUUGAGAGUUUGCUUGCUGAUGGCUGUUCAGACUUUGAAUAGUUGAAAAUAUAUGCAAUAAAACAGAAAAUAAUCAGUGAUAGUGUAGAAUAUCUAGUACUGGAUGCAGGACACAAAACAAACAUAUAUGUGAUAUAGCACUCACAUUUGAUAGAACUUUAAACCAGCUGUGAGUGAACAUACAGCGGUACAAUCCCCAUUGAAGAAUAUGUGGCUCCGUUGGCAUACAGAUGUGUAUAUAUAAAAAAAUAUAAAAAGCAGACAAUAGUGCUCUCUGUGACACAUACAGUAACAUGUCAAAGGAAAUAUGGUCUACACACAUUUAAUCGAGCAGUAGCACCGCUCAAAUAUUAUCGUUUGAGUGGUAUGAUCCCCACAAGAGAUAUAAUAUUGAGUAGGUUGAUCCAGGGAAUGAUCCCCCACCUGGGUAUUUGUGAAGGUAAGUAUAUGAUGUGCCAGAAACAAAUAAUAAAAUAAUAAAAUGUUUAUUCACCCCUUAGAGAUAUAAAAAGCAUUCAUAACAACAUUAUUUGCUGUCAUCCAUACUCUAAACUAAAGCUAUAAAAUCAGCUUAGUCACUAGGAAACCAAGGUGCCUAUCAGGGUUAUUCACUAAUGUGAAUUCAAAGACAAUUUAAAAUGUUAGAUCAAAGUAACUAAAAGCAGAGCGUUUUCCCAUUUCUUUUACUGUGUCCUUAAUUUUUAAUUCUCACUUUAGUGCAUAACCCUGUGAGUGUUUUAUAAUGAAACAUUUUCAAGACAAACUAGUGUGUUUAUUCCAAUUUAUAUAGAAAAAGAAGAGGUCAGAUAACACUCCCUUAUCUCUCUCUGCCAUGCCACUCUACAACCAGCUACCAGAACUACACCAGACCUCGGAGAUGAAAAGCAUAUAAAUUUAAAGUUGCAAAGUAAUAUGCAUGUCUGGACUGUGAAAGGCCGGACUUAAAAAAAUGAAUGAAGUGAAAUAUAAAUAACCAUGCACUCUGAUAUUACAUUGGUGAACUCCACUGCAAAAGAAUGCAUUCAGACUCUUUUACCAUACCUUCAUUUUGCAACUAUAAGAUCAAUAAAAACUAAAUUAAAAAGAAACAAAAUUACUGUAAUUCACAAAAGAGCAGAAUUAUCACCAUAUUAUACAACAUGCAAUAUAUUGAAAUACUCUGUACAAUAAAAUGUACACCACAUGGAUGGAAAAACAAUCACUGUUGCAUAGCCCUAAACACUCAAUAAACUUGGAAGACAUUUUUUGGGGGGGACAGAGAGAUCCGACUAUACUUUCAGUCCAAGAGGGAUUCUAGUCCUCAAAAUAAUAAUUCAUACAAUUUCUCUCUUAGAUAGGAAUCUGUGUGAGAUCUCCCACAUCCUCUUAGGAUCAACUUGCCUAUCAAGUCCUAAAAAUCUUAAACAAGAUGCAUCCCUUUCAUGUUCCUUAAUAAAGUCUACUUACUGUAGUUCUUUUAUGAUCUAACUCUAUAUUAUUAAAAGAAGCACUAUAGCAUUAGGAGUACAUAUCUGUAUUCCUAACACUACAGCCCUGAUGCCCCUUAUCACUUAGCUCCCUCAGAGUAAAAUAAAUAAUUAAAAUAACUCACCUUUUAUCCAGCACAAUGUCUCCCUUGGCGUUGUCGCAACCUCCUCCUCAGGUUGCGUCAUCCUGGGAGCAUGCCUCCAGGGGAUGACGUUAUGAGAGCCGGGGAGUAAGAUUCACGGUUCUCAAUCCAAGAAGGCUUGGAGUUGUGACUUGAAGCUGCGCUUCCAAGCCUUCUAAUUAGUUUAAUGUUGUUGUUUUUUACGGUAGGAUGGGAGAAGGGGGCUGGACUGCAGGCACAAUAACAACUUCCACAAUACAAAGUUGUAAAAUUGCCUACUUUUUUUAAGAUGUUCUCCAACCCUUUCCUUUAAUUUUCUCAGCCUUAACCACUUACUGUACAUUACACCUCAUGCUAACAAAUAUCAUCUCAAAAUGUAUAACAUAUAUAACAUUUUUGCCCUGUUACACUAUAUUUGAAAUAAAUAUAUUUGUUAGUAAUGUUGCAAAAUGUACAAUUAGCUGUUUGGAGUGAAGUGGAUUUGUCUCUUUUGGCCUGCUUGAAUUAAAAUACUUAUGUGUAUUUUUUAUAAUUGAUUUAGUGACAAUGGAUUUAUAUAAUUUAUUUUAAAGCAUUGUUGGUUGGGAAAUCUGUUGAAAUUAUCUUACAUUAUCCUUUUAUGCCUGUAAACAAGCUUAUGUUUUCCUUCUUAAGGAUGAUCCCGAACUUCCUUUUACCGAAGAUGAUUACCGAAGAAGAAGAUGUCACAUGAAUUUUAAAGAUCACCUCAGCGUUGAAAAGCUUGUGAUUAAGCUUGGAAAAUCUGUGAGUGAAGAGUUUACAUUGAUUGUGGCACAAGUUUCCACAAGACCAUUGUUAACUUUUUAAAAGAUCAAUACAUUUAAUUCCAAAUCGAAAAUUAUAGCAAUACUUAUAUAAUCUAUUUAAAAUAUCCAACAGAAUAUGUUUACAAAAUCUUCAUCCUUGUGAUGGUUAAAAUCCUUAAUUGUUGCAUCAUGAGUUUGUUUUUUGUUUGGUGCCUGUUUUCCAUCUCCUUUAAAGGAUUUCAGUAUUGGAUUCCUAAUAAUAUUGUGCCCUCUGGUUCUCCCUACCUUAUACACUCCCUACCCUCUCCCACCCCACCCACCCCCCCCCAUCCAUGGCUAAUAAAGACUUUAAAACCUUCAUUUAUUUACCCGAUUUCAGCCCCGACCUCCCUCGGUGCUGGUCAGCGGUCCCCGAUUUCAACCCCGACCUCCCUCGGUGCUGGUCAGCGGUCCGCCUCUGACGUCAUCAAGUGGGGGCAGGAUGACCAGAUCCACCAAGUUUAUAGGGAUACAUAAAUGUUUCUCAUAUUUAUGAAAACACAUGAAAAGGGUUGCCCUGCAGCGUGUAUAAUGUAUAUUCUAUAUUAUUGCCCACUGCCUAAUUGCUUAAUCUAAUACACGUUCUUCUGAAAUCUACAUACUACAGGCUACCCUUUUCAUGUUCUGCCCAUCAAUAUGUACAUGUUAUAUGUGUCCCAGAAAACAUGGUGGAUAUGGUCACCCUGGAUGCAUGCACAUUAGGCUGUCACCAAAAGAAAGCACUGAUUCAAUAUUUUUCUAUGGAGAUUUCACUUACGCUGGAUGUCCGCAUGCAGAGCGUAAGGAUGUCCAGCAUCAUUUAGGAGACCUAGAGUCUGCUAAACUCCCGAAAGCACCUCUAGUGGCUGUCCACCAGGUCUAGGUGCCUAUAUUGCCCCUUUAAGAGUAAAUGUGCUGCCAAACUUGCAACUAGCCUUGCUCAAUUUAACCGUGCAAUGGACAAAGAUGAGGGAAACCAUAAGAAAAAGCAAUCUGUAAAAGCAGGAAAGUCCUUUAAACUCAAAGUAUAAAGAAAACCCGUCACAACCUUUCAUGCAGGAGGCAUCAUACACCAAAAUUCACACUCCAUCAAGUCGGGAUUUUAAUUCAUACGUAGUUUGGAGAACAACCAUAAAAUAAAAUGGAGUGGCUAUAAUGAUGCCCAAAUCUCACCUCUAUAAAUGGGCAUUGUAUGGUACAUCUUCCUUUGAAACCAGCACUGGCUUCCCCAAAUGCCCACAAAGUGUUGGCAAGAUGACUAAAAUGUAAUUUGAAAUAAUUUGAUUUUCUUUUUUGUUUAUUUUUACAUUUAAUCUAAAACAAUGAUUUGCUUUUUGAAGAACAAAGGAUUAUUCUCAACCUAUGUAAUUGCUUCAGCGAUUCCAUAUGGGGCAGAGGAAGGCAUCCUGCAUACAUUUUUCAAGGUGAGUCAUGACCACAGCAAAUUCAAUAAUCAAAAGUGUUAAUGGUAAAUUAAACAUGUAUAUAAAUGAAAAAGAGUAUACCGAUAACAAAUAUGGAGACAGAUGUCCUAAAAAUCAGUAUCGCCAUAUCAUGCUCCCUUUAGGUACUAUGAUGUGCUUUUACUAUAGUAAAACCCUCAUAUUCCUAUUCCCAAAAGUUGCGCAAAAAUUAUAUUGCUAACUAGGGGAUGAGAAGGGGAGAGGGCAAUCACCAUGAAAAUCCUUGCAUCAGAAUAUCUUAUUAUCUCCUAAUGGUUCAUAAAGAUAUUUGAUUUAAUAUGUAAAGUCAUUUACAGCCACUAGUGAUGAACAAUACCACACAUUUUACAACUUUCACAUUCAAUCAGACAGGAUAUUCUUCUAUUCACUAUACUACAUUUUAGGAAGUAUUAAAACACAAUUAACAGUCAUAUAUAUCUUUUUCAGGAAGCUUGGCUUGGAAAAACUCCUGAAUUAGCAAUCUUUGGAGAUGGAUCAAAUUAUAUCCCAUUAAUUCACAUCACUGAUUUGGCAAGGUGAUAAUUUUAUUUUGAUAAAUGUGUUAAAGUGUGUCCAAUUGUUUCAUAUGGGAGGAGUGGCAAUUUCCCCACUGUCCCAGGGACUUGUUUAUUGCUAAGAGCACACACUCUUUUAAAAAAAAUGUAUAUAUGUAAGUGAACUUUGGUCUGGAGUACAGCUGCAGUUCAAUCCAGUUGGCCCAUAUUUUCUUCUUAUUUCUUAUCUACAAAAUGUAUUUAUAAAUUUCACUUGCCAGACGAAAUAGUCUAAUACAGUAGUUUCCAAAGCAGUUCUCAUGGCCUACCAAAAGUCCAGGAUAUAUGUAUUUCCAUAUUUUAUUCCAGUGUAGAUACUGACAAAACCUGUUGUCAGGGGGGAUAUGAUAGAAACAUUUAAAUACAUAAAGGGAAUCAACACAGUAAAGGAGGAGACUAUAUUUAAAAGAAGAAAAGCUACCUCAACAAGAAGACAUAGUCUUAAAUUAGUGGGGCAAAGGUUUAAAAAUAAUAUCCGGAAGCAUUACUUGACUGAGAGGGUAGUGGAUGCAUGGAAUAGCCUUACAGCUGAAGUGGUAGAGGUUAACACAGUAAUGGAGUUUAAGUAUCCUAACUAUAAGAUAAGGCCAGGGACUAAUGAAAGUAUUUUAAAAAAUUGGGCAGACUAGAUGGGCCGAAUGGUUCUUAUCUGCCGUCACAUUCUAUGUUUCUAUAAAACCUGGACUGUUGGUGGGUCUUGACGACUGAUUUGGGAAACAUUGGUCUAAUAAAUAUGCAAAAAUAAUAUUAAGAGGAUAUCCUUAGAUUGUAACCGAAGAGCUAGAUACUGAAUAUUUGUUUUGAACAGAAUGAAUAAUCAACCUGAUGUUUUUCCUUUCCCCAAUUGCUAGAUUAUUUGCUUCUGCGUUAUGAAUUUGACAUUGUAUCCUGUUUUUUAACCCUCUUUUAUUACUACUGGGAGGUUAUGAAUUACUAUACCAUUGUGACCAUAGGAAAGUUACUGAACAAAGCAAAAUCCGAUAGCGUUUAUAAAAAAAAAUCAAAUGAGGGGGAAACAGCCUUGGCGGUCCUCAAAAUGUGCUAAUUAGUCAGAUAACUAGUCUCAGCUGCAAACAUGUCACCCUGUGCACUAGGCAUGUGCAUGGGAAAAAUUUUCAAUUCGUGACUUCGACCCUUUGGAAAUUCUGUAAUUUCAGAACUUCGGGACCUAGGCACUUCGGGACUUCGGAAUUUCGGAACGUCUCUUGCAGCCGCUUGGUAGAUAACUCUCUAAUUCCCACGGUAUUAGGGAGAUAUCUACCAAAAGGCUGAAAGACCUAAAUUGGUCUUCCAGCCAAAUUUACUAAUACUAAGUAAAAAUUACUUAGUAUUAGUAAAUUGUGCCCCUACUCGCUAGUAUACCGCGAGUAGGGGCAUGUCUAUUAAACAGUGAGCAGCCAGUUAAAAAAAAGAAAAAAAAAAUAUUCAAAAAUGGGUCCCCCCUCCCAAGCCCCCACCCGCGACAUGCGAAUGGGGGCUUUUAAACUAAAGGGGGGGCUAUUGCCCUGAGCGGCGGGUGGGGUCCCUAAAGUAAAAUAAUGGGGGGACCUAUUGCCCUCCCCGGCCCCCACCCCUGUGCGGCGGGUGGGGGCCCUAAAGUAAAAUAAUGGGGGGGACCUAUUGUCCUCCCCCCGGCCCCCAUCCUUGAGUGGCGGGUGGGUGCCCUGAAGUAAAAUAAUGGGGGGGACCUAUUGUCCUCCCCCCCCCCCGACCCCCAUCCCUGAGCGGGGGGUGGGGGCCCUAAAGUAAAAUAAUGGGGGGGGGACCUAUUGUCCUCCCCCCAGCCCCCACCCCUGAGCGGUGGGUGGGGGUCCUAAAUUAGAAUGGGGGGGAGGGCGACCUAUAAAGCCUUGCCCCGCCCUGCAAUUAGGCUCAGAGCACUCUGGUGGGUUUAAGCCUCUACAUUUACCUGUCACAGCACUCUGAUGGGUUGGUUCCCACGCUGUGUAAUUUGACUCAUAACACUCUGAUUGGUUACUUAAUCCAUCAAUCAGAGUGUUAUGAGUCAAAUUACACAGCAUGGGAAAAUUCCAAAGAACUAAAAUGACACAGAGCACUCUGAUUGCUGGAUUUCAAACCAACCCAUCAGAGUGCUGUGACAGGUAAAUGUAGAGACUUACCUGUCAGUCUCUUUGUUUACCUGUCAGAGCACUCAUUUUGGAUGGCUUAAACCCACCAAUCAGAGAGUGCUCUGAGCCUAAUUGCAGGGCGUGACAAGGCUUUAUAAGGCUUUACUCAGUCUGCGUGGAGCCCUCGCCGGGUGAAGAUAGAUAAUUUUUUUUUUUUUGCUCUCGUUUUUUUUUUUUUUUUUUAAGUGCGUCGGUUAGUAUGGCUUUUUAUUUUGCCUUUUUUUGGGUUGAAAAAAGGAGAUUUUAGAAGAAAGAAAACAUCAAAUGGUAAGUUUUAUUUUUUAGUUUUUUUUUUCAGGUACUUAGUUAAAUGGUCCCCCCUCAUUAUUUUUAGGGUGAGGGGGGAAGGUAGGGGGUUAAUUUUUUGGGGGGUUACUAGGGGUUUGGGGACCCCUAGUCACCCAGGGGAUGGGGGGUUAUUUUUUUUAUUUAGGGCCCCCACCCACCGCUCAGGUGUGGGGGGCCAGAGGGGAGGACAUUAGGUCCUCCCCCAAUUAGUAUUUUAGGGCCCCCACCCACCGCUCGGGGUUGGGGGCAACGGGGGAGGACCUUAGGUCCUCCCCCCUCAUUCUAAUUUAGGGUCCCCACCCACUGCUCAGGGGUGGGGGCCAGGGGGGAGGACAUUAGGUCCCCCCCCCAUUAGUAUUUUAGGUCCCCCACCCACCGAUCAGGGGUGGGGGCCAGGGGGGAGGACAUGAGGUCCUCCCCCCUCAUUCUAAUUUAGGCCCCCCACCCACCGCUCAGGGGUGGGGGCCAGGGUGGAGGAUAUUAGGUCCCCCCCUAAUUAGUAUUUAGGGCCCCCACCCACCGUUUGGGGUGGGGGCUAGGGGGAGGACAGUAGGUACCCCCCCAUUACUUUACUUUAGGGCCGCCGCUCAUGGGUGGGGGCCAGGUGGAGGACAAUAGGUCCCCCCCCCCUUAUUUUAAUUUAGGGCCCCACCCGCCGUUCAGGGGUGCAAUAGGUCCCCCUUAAGAUUAGGAGGUGGAGGUGGGACUUUUUUUUUAUUUAUUUUUUUACAUAGAGCAGUCACAGGCUGCUCACUGUUUAAUAGACAUGCCCCUACUCGUAGUAUAGCGAGUAGGGGCAUAAUUUACUAAUACUAAGUAAUCUUUACUUAGUAUUAGUAAAUUUGGCUGAAAGACCAAUUCAGGUCUUUCAGCCUUUUAGUAGAUAGUUCCCUAAUGCCGUGGGAAUUAGGGAGUUAUCUACUUAUUCAUGCCUGUCAUUACACUGACUGGCCAAGUAACUUACAUUUUAUAUGAAUGUGUUACUUGAUUGUUGUAAGUGUUGCAAAUGCUUACAGCUGAAUCCUGCCUAUGUUUGUAUACUUUUUAUUUAAAAUUGUAUACAGUGUAACAUUCUUCUUCUUCCACUGGGUAAGUAUAUUAGUACUUAGACAAUACUGUACUUCGGAAAUUUGGUCAUUUCGGAACUUCGGGACCUCGGUAAUUCGGCACUUCGGCUAUUCGGACUUUCGGAAGUACCUGAAUGUCCGAAUUGCCCGAAAUUCAUCCGAAUUCAUAUUCGGCCCGAAACGAAUUGCACAUGUCUACUGUGCACUGUAUGCAGAGUGCUGUUCUCCUAGUAGUACAUAAAACUUAAUGUUACAAACAGGUAACAUAUAGCUCGGGUGGCCAUAAAUUAGACUUUCAGUGACCUCCAGCUGAUGAAGAACUGCAACCCUCAUGAUGCUUUUCCAAUCUGAAGCCUGCAUAAUUAUAAAAAUAGUAGUAGUUUUAUCACAGCCAUCCUCUGGAGUCGAGCACCUUUAAUUGACCUCGUAGAUUUAGGGUUCGAGACGCUCAGGCAUUUCCUCUGGCAUUAUAUACAAAUUAAUAAUUAACAUUUUGUAGUUUCACAGUAGUUCAAAACAGAUCCUUUUUUAAUAUUUGAAUAUAUAUUCAUUGUCUUUAAAACAACAAACAAGGUGGGGGUGCAGAAGAGAAAUGGAGGGUAAGGUAGGGAUAAGUACAAGAUUCAACUACUAAAAGAAAACAGCCAUCUUUGGCAAUUAAAAUCACAAUUCAUUUCACCAAUUAAGAAGGGAUAAGGAAAAGCAAAAUGCAAAUGUUACAUAUAUAUAAAAUAAACAUUGAUAUAUUAAGCAACUAACUCAGUUAAUCUGUGUAAUCUGAUUAGCAUCCCGUGAUAUAAUACACCUAGAUUAUUAGUGUCAACAGCCCAGACUCCCAAAAGUCUGAAAAUAAAUGGAUUAUAUCACUCUUAUUGAAUAGCAUAUAAACAAUUAAAAUCUUGUUUAUUCGUUUAUCUUGGAACUAAGGCAAAUUGACAUGGGAAUUGUAGAAUUAGGCUUCAAAAAUUCAAUGGAAAAAAUAACUGAAUAGAAGAGUUUUGCAUCAAAAUGUGCCAUUCACUUGCCAAUUCUCCACAAUUCAUGUUUUUUGUAAAUAAACCAAAAUGUGAUAUGACAGAAAAUCUAAAAUUACACAAUAGAAUUACAGAAGUAAUAGUAGUACCGUUUGCAGGUUAUAUGGGUUAACACAAUGGUUGCCAAACUUUUUAGGUUCAAGGCACACUUAAUAUUUCAAUAUUUCAAUAUUUUUUUCAAGGUGCCCCAAGUUAAAACAAAGUUCUGUAUAUCUGUACAUCUGUGGCAUAUACUGGCGUGAUAGUAUAAUGUAUAGUGUUGGUGUUUGAUUAAAUGGGGUGCUUGUAUAUAAUUUUAGUGUUUUUAUUACUGGAGUGUGUUUGUACGUAAUUUUUGCAUUUGAUUGUACAAAUAUAGUGUUUGCAUUUGAUGUUCAUUUGUGUGUAGUAAUGGUGUUUGAGUGAACGGUUGUGGUUAAAUAUAAUUUUGGAGUUUUAAUUCAUUGGUGUGUUUGUAAUAUUUGUGUUUGAUUGCAGGAGUUUGGUGUUUGAUUACUUGGAUGAAUGCACAGAAAUAUAUGCAUACUUACAUUAACACACAGAUACAUAUAAAUACACUGACACAUACACACAAAUUCAUAUAAACAUUGACACAUUCAUUGACACAUACAUACACCUUGACACACGCAUACACCAACAUAUAAAGAAAACACAAAGGCACACCCUGGCACACAGAUACAUGCACCGUGACACACACAAACACUGACACAUGCACACAUUAUAAUACAUGUACACACACUGACAAACACACACCGAUGCAUACUCUGACACACAGAUGCACAUACAUACAUACAUAACAUUCACUCUCUGUGUAAAAUGAAACUGAAACUUUGCUAAAGGUCUUCACUUAUUUCACAGGAACACUAGAGCACUACAAAUUUAUGAAUAUAAAUCUAUAUUCCUAGCUGUAGAGUGUCCUAGUUACGGAUCAGCUUUAGGUCCCCGCUCAGUAAAAAACCUGAAAAAAAAGUUUUUUACUUCCUUGCCGCUGCUGGUUGCCCGACCUCCUGCAAAGUCAUCUGACUCUUUUGCCGAAGGCCAAUCAAAUCUCUCUCAUAGAGUACCACAUGUGCAUCCAGAUGCAUCUCGUAGAAAAGUAUUGAAUUCAAUACUUUCCGGUGAGCUGCAACCUCACAUGACCGAGUUUUAGGACACUGUAGAGUAAGAACUCUAGUGGCUGUCUGGAACAUACCUUUAACCAAAGACCUCUGCAAGUUUUGGUUUGGAUCUGAUUGAGAGCCUUUCAUCUGAUGACCUUUUACAUUCUUCAUUUCAGUGUGUUACAAAACAUUGCAGACCAACGGCCGAGGACUCACUACUUGAUAGCAGUUGAUGAUGCAUUACACACCCAAGAGGAAAUCAUUAAGGUAAAUGGGCAUCUUCCUCAUUAGUUACAAGCUAGACAGUGUUUAGAGUCCCAAUGUAAAGAGGUCAUCUUCAGCUAAAUUAAAAAUGGCUUGUAAGCUGAGUUGUCUCUCUUAAUAUCGCGAAAAAUUGCCUGUUUGAUGCCUAUUUGUUUAAUUGUUAACAUGUUAUGUUAUCACUUGGCAGUGUAUCAGCGAGCACCUUGGACCAGGAAAAGUUCACAAGGUUCCCAAAGAAACUGCAUUCCUACAAAAAGAUUUAAAAGUACGUACAGUACAUUAUAAUGUUUGUUGCUUGAUAUCAUAUACAUAUGUGUAUAUGUGUAUACACACCUAUUUCUAUAUCUCAAAAAGGUGAAUGUGUCAUGAACCCUGCCGACUUGCAGUGGCGAGUAACUUUUAAGGAUAGAUAGAUAGGUAGAUCAAAAGAUCGGUAAGUUACUCAAUUACACCACAGGUUCAGCACCAUUUUUUUUUUUUUAAACUAAAAUGAAAGGCACAUACUGACGUAAACUGCCUCAACCUUAAAUGCAUAUAACGAAAAGAGUAAUUCGCUAGUACAUGUCAUGUUCAAUCUGCGAGAUCUGCUGGUGACAUGCGUGGUUGUGAGGGGUGGGGGGAGACAUCUAGUUAUUAUAAGCUUAUCUUGAGCUUAUGGAGCCAGGUAAAUAAAGAAAACAUAAACGUACAACGGAACAGAAUAACGUUUGAGCUGCGUGCACUAAUAUGGCGUACACCGGCAGUGCGUUGGUGUGCUGCUCCAGGUGGUAGGUCUCUUGAUGUCGACGCCACCGAUGCAGGUACAAAUGGAGUAAUCUGGUCUACAGACAACGGAGUGCAGUGCUCUGCUGGGGAGGGCCCGGACGGAAUCCCCAGGUCGCAGAGCAGGGAGGAUGUCUCCGAGAGGUUGGUAACGUGGUAGGUUUUGCCACCUUUCUCCACUAGUAGUCUUCUGGAGCCCCACUUGUAGGUUAUUUUAUGGUCACAAAGUAGCUGAAUGACCUGUUGGAAUGACUGUCACCACACUAUGGUUUGGUGGGAUAUGUCCCUGUAAAAGGUAAGUUGACAGCCUUCAAAGGUCGUGGAAGUGGUGCCUCUGGUAGCCCUCAUUAAAACACCCCUGUCAGCGUACUGAACAAACUUCAGGAGGAUAUCCCUAGGAGCCUCCGGCGGUGCUUUAGGGGGUUUAGGCAAGCUGAGACAAUAGUUUAAAUUAACUAUUUAUUUUCACUUGUUUUGGAGUUAGCUGGGUAGAUAGAAGGCGCCUGAUAAAGUGGGGCAAUUCUUCAUUGGUGACGGUCUCGGGGACCCCCCGCAUGCGCACAUUUCUUGCUCUGGCUCUAUCUUCCAGUAUAGCCAUGCGGUUGUUUAGGCCAGUAUUCCUUUUCUGUAGGGUGUUAAGGGCUGCAUCCGUAGCCGUUUGUGACACCCUUGUAGCUUUCAGGUCUGCUUUAGCACGUCCAGAUAAACCAGUCAUCUCUUCCCUCAGCAUGGCCAUGUCAGCUCGGAGCAUAGCCCUAAAUUUCUGUGACAGGGCUUUAAUGUCUGCCUUAGUGGAUGGGGCAGUGUCCCCAGGGUCAGAUUGGCCUGGUGCUGGAGCAGGCCUCUGUGGGAAUGUAGAUAGGGUUUCAGGUAAGCUAUCUUCAUCCGAGGAGGUAGUAUUAUAGACCUCUGCUGAUGCCAUUUUGGCCUUCUCUGGCCUACCAUGCUGGCGCAGGAAUGUCUGACAUCCCGGGUCUGGAUCCGCCCGGUACUUUUUUGUUUUCUUCCCAAUCGGUAUCAGAAGGGGUAGAACCCAAUGUUUAAGUCGGGUGUAACUGGCAGGGGAUCACUCCUCUCGGCAAUCUGAACCAGAGCUCGAGCAGUGUGCGUCCGACUCGGUCGGGUGCUGGCUCUGCCCCACGAUAAGUAGAUGGAUAGGAAGAUUGAUAGACAGAGAGAUAGGAAGAUCGAUAGAUGAAUAGAUAGGUGGAUAGAUGUGUGUAUAUUCUAUGAUACAUAACAAAGAAGCUUGUAUUAUGGAAAAAUACUACCAUCAAAGGUUUUUAUAGACAACAUAAUAAAAAGAAAGAUGGUAUUAUUUUUCCCCUAUUACAUGCUUUGGCUUAAUGCAAUUUUUUAUAUUGCAUGGUUGGUAGCAGUUACAGUUACACUCUCAGGCAGCAGCUGCUGUUUACUGCUGCCUCCAUUAAUUCAGCACUCUCAAUUUAGUGACAUCCCGGGAGAGGAGCUGCGGAAAUGGAAUCAUACUUUCUCUGAUUUGCUAUCUCCUCUACCAAUACAUCAAGUAACCAAAAAGGGACUAAAUUGAUGGAGGCAGCUGCAAUUAGCAGAUGUUUAAUGGAAAGUAAUUCCCACUAAUCUUAGGCAGGUGAGGACAUUAAUGCCCUGAGAUUAGGGGUCCCACACUGCAUAGUGUCAGUCACAUCAUACUUUACGGUUUCAAUGCAGGCUGUGACCUCACCCACCAUGGGUUUAUAAACUAACAUUUUAGAAUUUGGUCUAAAAAAUAUACAGUGUAUGUCAGUGCCCAGGGUGAUAAAUAUAGCCCAAUAAAAAAAGUAAUUGCUACUAUAUUAGAUAAGCAGACAAGAGCAAAAAAAAGUAUUGCUUUUGUUGCUACUGAUUUAAUGUUGAUAUAUACACACAUAUUUAUGCACUGUGCUGUGCAUUUUUUUACCGUUAUAAUACUCCUGCAUUAACCUGAGCAAUGAUGGGCACCUGUGAUAUCCUGAGAGCGUAAGCUUAUCAUUCAACCUAUUACAGACAACCAUUCCUGGUAUAGAUUGGUAUGGCUAAGGCAGUGUGUAAUCUCUAUCUUGCCCAUGGCUCCAGCAGGAGAGGUUGGGCUGUGGGAUGCUGGGGAUCCUCAUUCAUUGUUAAGCUGUUGAAAACAUACCACUGAAUGAUGUCAUGGUGCCUGAGGACUCCAGUUUGGUUUUACCAUUGUAAUGGACAUGUCUUUGAUUUUCAGCAAUUAGAAAUCGACCACUUGUUUGUGAAUUUGAGGAUGGAAGCGGUAUUUCUGAAGGAGAAUUUUAAUAUUACUUGGGUGGCUCAGACAGGAUUGUUGGAGAACAUUGCAUUGGUGAUCAAAGAGUUUAAGAAUACUCGAGGCCUUCAGGUAAUUCUGACUUUAUAUCUCACAAGUGUAUUUAGGAGGGAUAUGCCUAUUUUGUGAAUUUAUUUCAGAUCUUUACAGCAAUAAAACAAUUCUGCGUCUUUGAAUUAUAAUAAAUAUAUUUAGCAAUCAGUCUGUGUUGUAUAACUGCUGUUCAGUAAGUUAGAAAGUCACCGAAAAUGUCUUGGAACAGGCCUGCCAUUUGGACAAACCACUAGUUACAUUGGAUGCUGUAGGUGCUUAAGGUACCUUGAGUAGCCUGGUGCGCCCCAAUGAUAAUAUCGAAAUAGCAAAUGGUUUAAUGACUUAACUGGGGUCUGCCAGGCACCAAUCUCUUCCUCCGUGAAAGCCAUAAGUUAUCUGUAUUGAGCUAAGCACAAUGGUGCACUCAGAAACUAGGUGCAGCAGCUUCCGUCUCUGAGUGGAGGAAGGGACUGGGGCUCAAUGGCUCUUUAGGCAAAUUGUGUAUACAAUGUGCAAGCCAAGUGUAUGAAGUUACUUAAUAAUAAAUGUACUUAAAAGUACCUGAAACACAUUUCUAAGUUUAUAUAUAUAAAUCAAGGUCUGUAGACUGUGCAGACCUGAUCAUGGAAUUAUCCCUCCAUUUUCUACUUCACUAGAUAUAAACAGUGCACUGAUACUUUUUUGUACAUCGACAUGUGUUUUCCCUGUAUUUACAAUUAUUUCAAAUACGUUAUAUAAUGAAAAGCAUGCACAUACAAAUAUGUCAGAAUACCAAAUUUCCCAUCCAUUUUCAGCCUGUCAGAAUUUGUGUUCUUGGUCCACCAGCAGUCGGGAAAACAACAGUCGCCAAAUUAUUGUGCAAACAUUACAAACUGCAUCACAUCAAAAUAAAAGAUGUAAUUACGGAAGCCAUUGAAAAACUGGUGAGUUCUGGAGAAAUAUAAUGCACAUAUAUGAUUAUUAUUUGCUUUGUACAUUAACUCUUCAUCUGCCAUGGCAGCAACCACAUUUAAUUUUUUAAUUGACUUUUUUGUUUCUAAAAAAAAACACGUUUUAUUGAUAAACAAAGUCUCUCUGACUCUUCGUAUUUAGGAAAGACUUUCAAAGGCGCCAGAAGAGGAAGAGGAAGAAGAAGGUGAGGAGAGCUCUGAAAACUGGCAAGAAAUAUUAGAUGGAGUCAAAGAGAACAUGGAGCAAAAUGGAGGUAUUCAAUUCAACUAAUUGAGCACAUUUUUUUUUAAUAGGGUGCAGUGAGCAGCAAUAUUUCAGACAAAACAAACACAUUUAUUGCUUAUUUAAACCUGGCAUACCUAUUGCAUGAAUUUAGAGUCUUAUUUUUCUAGUUUAUUUUUCUCGUAUUUAACAGUAUAUUUUAAUUCAAUUUAAAGUUGACAAUAUUAAUAUAUUGACUUUAAAAUGGCGACUGUCAUUAUAGUGGCACUACAAUACCGGUAUACACAAAACAACACAGAAUAGGCGCUCACUAAAAUAACAGGGUAGAAGGCAGCAGUGAACCAGCAAGUAUUCCCAACCCUUGCUAAAAUACAAAACGUGAAAGAAAAAAAGAUGUGGUAAACCGCGCCAAAAAUUGAAAGUGUAUAUAGUAAAAUAGUAUAUAUAAAUAAACUUAAGGAGGUCCGAUAUUGUGUUGGUAUAUGACGACCUCAAAACAGAAUAGGAAAAGAUAAUAGUGCAAUAUAUCAAAUAAGUUUUAAAACACUUUUAAAACCCAAUAAAAGACUAACUCACACUCUUUAGUGGUCCAAAGUGAAACGCGCUAAGUGAGGACUGGAGCACUUUAUCUUUAUGCUACAUUUGUUUAUAUAUAUAUAUAUAUAUAUAUAUAUAUAUAUAUAUAUAUACAAAUGGGGAUGUUACCUUAGCCCAACAUCCAGGGGUUGUUACCAAUAUAGCAAUAUACUGUGCCAUUGGUUCUUUUUCUUUUGUUUUCUCCUUACAUAGUUGUUGAGAAUUGGAUGCCUAAUACAAGGAGUACCCAUAUAUUAUACCGUCCACAAGCUAAACAGCAGAGCUCUUGGUAGCUCUAAAGAGUGUGAGUUAGUCUUUUAUUGGGUUUUUACAUUUUGAUAUAUUGCACUAUUAUCUUUUCCUAUUCUGUUUUGAUUGAGGUUGUUUUGAUUGAGGUUGUAUAUUAACACAAUAUUGGACCUCUCUAAGUGUAUGUAUAAAUACUGUUUUGCUAUAUACACAUUCAAUUUUUGGCGAGGUUUACCACAUCGUUUUUUCUUUCACUACAAUACCAUUCUAGUUUUGUCUAUUCACAUAUCUUUAGAGCUUCGUGGUACAGCAGUGUAUCACUCCAUCAACUCUCAUAGACAUUGGUGAGUGUAGGCUGCAAGUCCCAGCACUCUUGGUCAGUUGGACAGUACACAGUAUCUGUAAUGAAACAAAUCUAGACGUAACAUUUUAAAAUAGCACUGUAAUGACAUAGUGAAUUCACGGCUAUUAUAGAUUUAAUCUUUGCCUCUUGAUGUUUUAAUAGAAAGAUUUUAAGUGCACAGCCUAAAAUUUGAGAAUGUGAUAGCGGUAAUAAAGUGACAAUUCUAGUAAACCGGAAACCGUACUGCAAAAUCAGGCAAGCUGUGACUAUAGCAAUGUUGGUUGAAUUUUUCCAAAUCAACUAUAUUUUCCCAACUUUGGCAUUUUGGUUUUCAGUUAACUCCAAGUUGGUGUUUAGUGAAUAAACUCCAAUAGUUUGAAGUGAAAGUACACUUUCGAAAGUAUUUCUAAGUAUUUCAGCUUCCUGGUUUAUUGGGUGUCUAGCAGAGAUGGUUGCACACACGUGAUUAGGAAAACUGUAUUCCAUGAUCAGGGUUUGAACCUAUAUAUAUUGUUAUGCAGUUUUAAUUUUAGCUUAUUUGCUUGCAGAUCUACAUGUUGUUUUUCUGUGUAGUACUGAAAUACUCCAGGAAUAUUUGUCAUUAUGUGUUAAUGGGAUACUCACUGGAAACUCUAAUCAUGUGCACUUUAUAAAAAUAAAAGAAAUAUUAACUAACAAUCAGAGGAAUAGAUGGACAUUGUUCUCAAAAAUACAUAUUAAUCUCAAGCAUAAUUUGUUUUUGUUUUUUUAAAAAGUGUUUUUUUUUUGUAUAAUUCAUUACAAAGUCGCAAUACUCAUUUUGGAGUUGCGAAAAAGGCUGAAGUCUCCUACCCUAACUAUAUACUUAAAUAUUUUCCCUUGGCAUUAGUAACUGCUGCACUUAUGCUACACUUACAGCUGCAUCUCUCCUUCAGUGUUGGCUAGUAAACCUUUAAGGUAACAGUGAGCUAGACUUAAAGGAACACUAUAGGGUCAGGAACACAAACCUGUAUUCCUGACCCUGUUAAAACCACUAUCUAGCCCCCUGGCUCCCCCUUGCCUCCCUAAAUAUAGUAAAAUCUUACUUGUAUUCAAGCCUGCAGCUGCUGGCACAGCCCUGUCUGCCUCAGACCUGCCAGCUGCCUGCUGACAUUAUCAGAAGUGGUGGUCUGAGCCAAUCACAAUGCUUCCACAUAGGAUUGGCUGAGACUGUCAAGGUGGCAGAUCAAGGGCAGAGCCAGGACAAUUUGAACACAGCCCUUGCCAAUUAGCAUCUCCUCAUAGAGACAAAUUGAAUUAAUGCAUCUCUAUGAGGAAAGUUCAGUGUCUGCAUGCAGAGGAUGGAGACACUAAAUGGCAGUGCUGCUCACUGUGCUUCCAGGUGCAGUGCUGCCCACUGAGCAGCACUGCCCCAGGAAGCACCUCUAGCAGCCAUCUGAGGAGUGGCCAGUGGAGUUAUCAAUAGGCUGUAAUGUAAACACUACAUUUUAUCUAAAAAGACAGUUUUUACAGCAAAAAGCCUGAAGGGAAUGAUGCUACUCAUCAGAACAAAUGCAAUAAGCUGUAGAUGUUCUGGUGACUACAGUGUCCCUUUAACUCAUGGAAUUUGACUCCACCCCACUCUAUAAAAUCUCACCUUUAGAUCUGUUCUAGUCAAAUGAAAUAUCGAAAUAAACUGUAAUGUACCCAUACAGUGCUAAGUACUGUUAGUACUAUACAAGUAAAAUAUACCCUAUAUACCUACUGUACUUAUUGUACCUCCUCUGCAGAAAUUAAACCUAUAAAGUAGUAAGUACAUCUGUUAGCUUUGUAUAAAUAAAAUAUACAUUAAUAGUAAUAAGAAUUAAUCAUGAAAGAAUUAGUCAUUUACUUUACUAAUUUUCAGUGCGUUCGUGAUAAAUCCUGCUUGCUUACAGUUAAAAAUCUCAGACAUAUAAAUGUUAAAUGUCACAUGAUAAAUGUUGCUGUGAUUCUUAUGAAUAGGGCGUCUCGAUGACAGCUACGUGAUCAAGUUUGUCAGGGACAAGCUGAAAUCGAUGCCAUGCCAGAACCAGGGCUAUGUACUUGAUGGUUAUCCCAAAACUUACGAACAAGCAAAGGAGCUUUUCAGCUGUACGUAUUUUCACUGUACAGAGAAUCUUUUCGUUUAUGUGCCGUGCAAUAAUAGAAUCAUGUUCCAGUGUCAAAUUUUAUUUUUCUUACUUGUGUCUUCCAGCAGAAGAAGGGGGAGAGGAGGAAAAAAGCAGGGGAAAAAUUCCAUACUUCGAUAAAACCAUCACUCCAGGUUUGUUCUAGAUUUACAAAUGGGAUACAGUUUGUCCAAUUUGUAUGUUCUUAAUUUUUUUACCCCCUAUUUAGUUGUCCAAAUUUAAUUUGUUCCUCAAUUCUAAAGCUAUGGAGAACUCUCCAUGGUUUUGGUAGAAUUGUAUAAUCAACAACUGCAACAUGGGUGUGUUUGUGUGCACAUGCAUUGCGCGUUCAUGUUACUUACAACGUAAUAGACGGGAGUCUUCUUUGAGCCUUGAUCAUUAUGAAGCAAUGGCCAAGUGUCAAACAUUACCCAUCGAUGAGCAACAUCAAACUCAAAUUCCCAAGAUGAUUUGAGGAAUGUGCCACCAAGCUUCAUUCCACCCAAAACUUGUCUGCACAUUAUAUUGUGUGGGCUUUGAGCUUUAAGGUUCCUAGAAUUUAAUGUAUACCUGUCAUGCCACUUUCUAUUAAAUUAAAUUCUCUUCAGAUGUCAUCUACACAUUAUGGUAGCCAAAUAUCUAGCAUAUACAGUAUCUCACAAAAGUGAGUACAGUCCUCACAUUUUUGUAAAUAUUUUAUAUUAUCUUUUCAUGUGUCAACACUUUUUGAUUGGGUAACUAAAAUUAUAGAUCAGGAUGGUGCAGUAGACAUUGCUUACCUAGAUUUCAGUAAGGCUUUUGACACUGUUGCACAUAGAAGGCUUAUCAAUAAACUGCAAUCUUUAAGUUUGGAUUCCAAUAUUGUUGAAUGGGUAAGGCAGUGGCUGAGUGACAGGCAACAGAGGGUUGUAGUUAAUGGAAUAUAUUCGAAGCUUGGACUUGUCACCAGUGGGGUACCUCAGGGAUCUGUACUUGGACCCAUUCUCUUAAAUAUUUUUAUUAGUGAUAUUGCAGAAGGUCUUGAUGGUAAGGUAUGUCUUUUUGCUGAUGAUACUAAGAUAUGUAACAGGGUUGAUGUUCCAGGAGGGAUAAGCCAAAUGACAAAUGAUUUAGGUAAACUAGAAAAAUGGUCAGAAUUGUGGCAACUGACAUUUAAUGUGGAUAAGUGCAAGAUAAUGCAUCUUGGACGUAAAAACCCAAGGGCAGAGUACAGAAUAUUUGAUAGAGUCCUAACCUCAACAUCUGAGGAAAGGGAUUUAGGGGUGAUUAUUUCUGAUGACUUAAAGGUAGGCAGACAAUGUAAUAGAGCAGCAGGAAAUGCUAGCAGAAUGCUUGGUUGUAUAGGGAGAGGUAUUAGCAGUAGAAAGAGGGAAGUGCUCAUGCCAUUGUACAGAACACUGAUGAGACCUCACUUGGAGUAUUGUACACAGUACUGGAGACCGUAUCUUCAGUAGGAUAUUGAUACUUUAGAGAGAGUUCAGAGAAGGGCUACUAAACUGGUUCAUGGAUUACGGGAUAAAACUUACCAGGAAAGGUUAAAGGAUCUUAACAUGUAUAGCUUGGAGGAAAGACGAGACAGGGGGGAUAUGAUAGAAACAUUUAAAUAUAUAAAGGGAAUCAACACAGUAAAGGAGGAGACUAUAUUUAAAAGAAGAAAAACUACCACAACAAGAGGACAUAGUCUUAAAUUAGAGGGACAAAGGUUUAAAAAUAAUAUCAGGAAGUAUUACUUUACUGAGAGGGUAGUGGAUGCAUGGAAUAGCCUUCCAGCUGAAGUGGUAGAGGUUAACACAGUAAAGGAGUUUAAGCAUGCGUGGGAUAGGCAUAAGGCUAUCCUAACUAUAAGAUAAGGCCAGGGACUAAUGAAAGUAUUUAGAAAAUUGGGCAGACUAGAUGGGCCGAAUGGUUCUUAUCUGCCGUCACAUUCUAUGUUUCUAUGUUUCUAUGUUUCUAUGAAAUGACACUCUGCUACGAUGCAUGUAUAACAGUGUACAUUUGCUGUCCCCUCAAAAUAACUCAACACACAGCCAUUAAUGUCUAAACCGUUGGCAACAAAUGUGCGUACACCCUUAAGUUGAAAUGUCCAAAUUUAGCCCAAAGUUUCAAUAUUUUGUGUGGCCACCAUUAUUUUCCAGCACUGCCUUAACCCUCAUGGGUAUGGAGUUUACCAGAGCUUCACAGUUUGCCACUGGAGUCCUCUUCCACUCAUUCAUGACGAUAUCACAGAGCUGGUGGAUGUUAGGUUGCGCUACCCCACAUGCUUGGCCAGUCCAUCACCUUUACCUUCAGCUUCUUUAGCAAGGCAGUGGUCAUCUUGGAUGUGUGUUUGGGGUCGUUAUCAUGUUGGAAUACUGCCCUGCGGCCCAGUCUCCGAAGGGAGUGGAUCAUAAUCUGCUUCAGUAUGUCACAGUACAUGUUGGCAUUCAUGGUUCCCUCAAUGAACUGUAGCUCCCCAGUACCGGCAGCACUCAUGCAGGCCCAGACCAUGCUCCAUGCUUGACUGUAGGCAAGACACACUUGUCUUUGUACUCCUCACCUGGUUGCCGCCACACACGCUUGACACCUUGUGAACCAAAUUAGUUUAUCUUGGUCUCAUCGGACCACAGGACAUGUUCCAGUAAUCCAUGUCCUUAGUCUGCUUGUCUUCACUAAGCUGUUUGCGGGCUUUUUUGUGCAUCAUCUUUAGAAGAGGCUUCCUUUUGGGACGACAGCCAUGUAGACCAAUUUGACGCAGUGUGCGGCGUAUAGUCUGAGCACUGACAGGCUGAACUCCUACCCCUUCAACCUCUGCUGCAAUGCUGGCAGCACUCAUACGUCUAUUUCCCAAAAGACAACCUCUGGACAUGACGGUAAACACGUGCACUCAACUUCUUUGCUUGACCAUGGCGAGGUCUGUUCUGAGUGGAACCUGUCCUGUAAAACCAUUGUAUGGUCUUGCCCACCAUGCUGCAGCUCAAUUUCAGGGUCUUAGCAAUCUUCUUAUAGCCUAGGCCAUCUUUAUGUAGAGCAACAAUUCUUUUUUUCAGAUCCUCAGAGAGUUCUUUGCCAUGAGGUGCCAUGUUGAACUUCCAGUGACCAGUAUGAGGGAGUGUGAGAGCGAUAACACCAAAUUUAACACACCUGAGACCUUGUAACACUAACGAGUCACAUGACACCGGGGAGGGAAAAUGGCUAAUUGGGCCCAAUUUGGACAUUUCCACUUAAGGGUGUACUCAGUUUUGUUGCCAACGGUUUAGACAUUAAUGGCUGUGUGUUGAGUUAUUCUGAGGGGACAGCAAAUUUACACUGUCAUACAGGCUGUACACUUACUACUUUACAUUGUAAACUGCAACUGGAAAAGAUUUUUCUAAGUUAAGAUUUCAAUAGCAGGUCCAUUUUAAUAUCAGUUACCAGGGAAAGCGUCCUUACUAUAGAAUAUUCUACUUAAUUAACUUAAGGUGAAAUAUGGCAAAUGGGGAAUACAUUUUGUAUACGUGUAUCACAGUAGUUCCAAUGAAAAAAAAACACUUUGUCUAUAUUCUGUUUCCAUGUAUUUACAGAUUAUGUUAUUUCUCUGGAUGCCUCAGAUGAGUUCCUUAAAAAUCGAGUUAUAAAUCUUCCAGAAAGCGUAGUAGCAGGAACACACUAUGCCCAUGAUCGUUUCCUUCAAGCUCUGCAUACGUUCCGUGAUUUGAACACAGAAGAUGAAACUGUUCUUAACUAUUUUGAUGAAGCCGAAAUCCAUCCACAGCACAUUGGUAUAGUAAAUAACCCUAUGGGCCUGCAUAAGUUAUAUAGAUGUUAUACUGGUACAGUAUCAUUGAACUCUUGUGAUAACAACUUUAUGUUAUUAGAGUUUAUUACAAUAUAUUAGUGAUAUAAACUUUAUAUCAGUAGAUUAUAUUAAAGUCUAUAAGUUAUUUAAUUAUAUAACUGUUAAAUUAUUUGAAGUUAUGUAGUAUCAGUGUUCUAGUGAUAUCUACUGUAGGUCAUUAGAAUAUAUUAGUGUCCUAGUGAUAUAAACUCUAUUGGUGCUCGCCUGAUAAAAAUGUAAAAGGGACACUACAGACCCCUAAAGCACUUUAGCUUUCUGAAAAGCUUUGUGUUUGUAGAGUGUGUCCUAUUUUUUCAUUUUGCAAAAAGUGCAGAUUGCAAUAGAAAUCGACCCUUUUCUAUAUUAACCUGUUUACACCCCGUUGACUUUUAAGCAGACAAGCGGUCCUGUUUGGUUUGGUUAGCUCAGUGGAGCUAAACUCAAGAGGCAGCAAUUGCUCAGGGCACCUACCUUGGAAAGAUUUAUCAUUGAGCACAAUUGGAAAGUCUCUGAUUGGAUAGCCACAGAAAGGGCGGGGUUAGAAGGGAAGAGUUUGCAAAGGCAGCAGACACGAGAAUUUCAGGUUUUACAAGCUGUCUUUAGAUAUAACUCCAAUGUAAAAAAUGCAUAAUUAAAUUCUUUUAAGUUUUCAUUUGGGGUAUAUGUACUAAGCAAUGAUUUGUAUUUAUUUCAUGUUUGUGCUGUGGAAUGUCCCUUUAAGACAUGCACACUGCUUAAAAGAAUAUGUGAAAGUCAAACAGAAGUCCAAAGGAUGUUAUUUUUUUUCUUUUAAUAUCAGACAGUGGGGGCAUAUAAAUGCAAUAAUUAAAGCCCAAUUUUUUAUUUUGCUGCGAGUACCUUUCAUUUUAGCACCAGCUUGUACUGCCCCAUACAGAAGACGAUUAAUUAAGUGAUAAGUCAAAAUGUAAUUUUUAACAUUCUAUUAUUUUUAGAUAUAUCUAAAGAUGAUGAUCCUGAGUACAGAGACGUGCUAAAGCAGAUUAUUAAAGCUGUAGGUGAAGCACGGAACUAUGGUCUAACAGCUGAGGAAAGGGCAGAAUUAGAACUGAAGGCAGCCCAGGAGGCCCUGGCUCAAGAAGCAGAGAUGAAAGCUGAGUUGGAAAGAAGAGAAGCUGAGGAGACAGCGGAGAAGAAGGCACGCUGGGAGGAAUGGGUAUGACAAACCAUCUACUAAUAUGAAAAAACAAACCUCAGAUAUUAUUUUCUUUAUAUAGAAAAUAGUUUUAAAUGUGUCUCAAAUAGAGACCCAACUCAGUUUUGUACCCAGAUUUCAAAGGGAAUGCAAUAGGGUUGCAAUAAUUCCCACUCCCAUUGCUUCCGUCAUUCAUUAAUCCUGUGAUUGAAACUGUUAUGGGCAAAUGCAAAUAUUACAAGUUUUAGAAUGAAAUGUUGUAUUUCUUAAACUGUGUACUUUGUCUUUAAGAGAUAUUGCAAACUGACAAGGUGUUAGAAAUGGAACAUAUUGUUUUUCAUAACUGUUUCUUUAAGCAAUAAGCUCAGUGCAUAAUAUGUUUGCGCCAUUUUAUCCCAGACGAAUUACAAUAACAAUAAUGCAUAAACAAGCUUCAAGGCUAUGCUACGACUCUUUCAGUACACAAUAUACUGUGGUAACCUUAAGUAGAUAAGGAUGUCCAGACUUUAAGAUGCCAUCUUGAACUAAGUCAGGAAAAUUUCCAUGACGUAUACACCCUUUAGUUAUGGCCUUGUAUGUUUGCCAAGUUAAGGGAGGUCCUAAAAUGAAUAAAGUAAAAGAAGUGUUACUUUUUCAUAUAUGAACUACGGUAACCCUAAAAUGGAGACACCUAAGGUAUAAAUAGGUGUAAUUUUAAAUGUUAAGACACAGAGGAGAGACUUGGAGACAGACGCUGCUCCAUCUUAAAAUGACAGAGAGGCUGACAUGAUGACAUGUUCAGAAGGGUAUGUUAACCUAUUAAUGAUAUUUGCAAGCAUUUAGUUUAAUCUUAGAAACUCUGCUAUAAUGGAUUUUAUAUGUCUAUAUUUAUAUUUUUAUAUAAUAAAUAUCCAGAAAGACAAAACUAUUGCUUCCAAGACAAUCCUUAUUUUAUAUUGUAUUCUCAAUUAUUUAUAUAUUUUAAAUAGAGGAUCUCUUACACUAACUAUAUAAAAUUAUAGCUAAGAUAUCUGUAUGGUUAGCCCUACUAAGUUCUAUGCUUUAAGACAUUAUAGUGGUAAAUAAGGGAACCAGCCGAGGUUACAAAACCAUCGGUAACAAACUCAACAGAUAAUCCUUAGAUUAUAAAUAAUGACAGAUCCUUAAAAUAAAAUGUCAAAUUAUGAUUUGCCAUCUCUACCGCUCUGUAUUCUGCACUCAAAGGGUUCUAUGUAUGUGAAUAGCAUUGAAUGUAAUAAUAUUUAACAUUAGGUCCUAGAGGUGUACUUUGGAAAUUCAUAAAAGACAAAUGCACAUUUUCUGGUUAAAUUAUUUGAUCAUAUUAAUAUUUUUGUUUAUAUCUAUUUUUUGUAAGGUAAUUAUAGGCGCAUAGUUGCAAAUUUGGAUGGAGUGGACUGUACUCUGGGGACUAUACCAAUGCAUCACUGUGAGGCCAAAAUAGGGCAAUCCUAUCUGAAAAGGAGGUUAGGUUGUCCAAAGAUGGGGCAUGUCAGCCUGACUUGCCAGGCCCAUGCAUGGCAGCACAUGCUUAGAGUGCUUUUGAAGUGCUCUGGGCAUGGGCUUAUGCCUUCUUAAUGCCCUGACAACAUUUUGAUUAGUGCAUGCACAUUUUUUGACGCACUCACACUAUGCUGAUUUGAACACUUUCCUUUGUGCCCAUAUGCUGGACACCAGGAAACUAACUUGGGAUGGGAAGAUAGAAACCAUGAUUUGGGACAGUCUUGUCGAACCCAGGAUAGCUGGGAGGUAUACAUUCAGCAAUCUGCCAAAUUAAGCAGGUUUACUAACAUGGAUCCCAUAUUACACCCUUAAAGGCAAUGUUGGCUAUGUUUCACUGUGCUGUGUUCAAGCAAUCUUAGUACAGUGCAGCCCUAAAGCAGAACUGCAACUUCAGCUACACCAUUUAAUAAAACAUUGAAAAUUGCCUAUUAUCAUGUGUUAACCAUUUUUCGUGAUGCCCCAUUUCCUUUUACAUUAUAUUAAAAUAUUAGUAAAUUAUAUCACAACCCAAUUCAGACCACUCACAGCCAUGCCACACUUUACAAAUGAGGAUAAAUAGAAACGUUGGGCUUAUGUAUUAAGCAUGUUUGUUCUAAAAGGUGGUCUAAAGCACUAAAAGUGGUGCAAUCACCAUGAAAACCAGCAGAGAGAGACAUUUCAGUGGUGACUGUUCCCCACUUAUAUCACUUUUCAGAGCUCAACACUUGUUUUUUUUUUAAUUUUUAUUCAUAACCUCUAGAAUGUAGGCUCAUUGAGCAGGGCACUCCACUUCUCUAUUCCUGUACGUCCAGUUGUCUGGUUACAAUUACAUGUCUGUUAGUCCACCCAUUGUACAGCGCUACGGAAUCUGAUGGCGCUAUAUAAAUAAUAAUAAUAAUAAUAAUAAUAACCUCCUGGAUCCUGUCCUCUGUAUGCUUUCUCUAUGCUGACUCCUAGGAGCAAACAACAGAGUGUAUAACAAUGGCCUCAACUUGUAUUUUUUGGAUAAGCUUUUUUAAAUGAUCUAAUAUUUUUGUUUAAACUUUUAAAAUGACUUUUUUUUUCAAAAUAUUAAAAUGUGAAGAAAAAUCUACCAUGCAUAAAAAAAUGUAUCAGUAUAUCAAAAUAUUUUUCAAAAUAUUAAAUCAUUUGAAAAGCUUUUUCAAAAAUAAUAAAUCAAAACCAGUGAUUGAUUAGGGGCACUAAUUGCAGGACGAAGAGGUGUUAAUUUCUAUGAUUUUAUUGUUCGCACUUCACAAAUGUGCUAAAUAUAGGGGAUAUGUAAACUCAAUGUAUGUAGAGAAUUGCAAAUUUUGAGUCAAAACAGAUAAGCUAUAUAUUUUUUUUUAUUCCAAUUCUGCAGUUUUAUCCUAAAAUUCAUAAUCCCCUGGUCAGUUUCCAUCCUGAUGGUUCACAUUAGUAGAUAAACCUGAUAUAAACUUCUAUAUCCUAUUGUAGCCCAUAAUAUUUUUUUUCUUACAGAACAAGCAGCAUGAGGAAUUAAAACACCAAGAACAAGAAUUACUAGAAGCUCAGUCUGUACCUUUAAGAAAUUAUUUAAUGAAAAACGUCAUGCCCACCCUGAUUCAGGGAUUAAAUGAGUGCUGUAAAGUGAGACCUGAUGACCCUGUGGACUACCUGGUGAGAAAGUGUUUAAUUUGCAAUUUGAUGGUCACUACUAUAACUACAAGAAUGGCAGGAGGCAAAGUUGAGAUUGGGCUUGUAAUCCUGGGGGCCCAGCAUCUUGGCAUUGCACUUUCCACAAUGUCUGUGCCUGAUAAAACAGAGGAUCUGUAUCACUGUUGUCACCAAUCUAUCUUUUCCCUUUUUAGCAUUGUCAAUUAUACAUGCAGAGGGAUGCCAGAAUAUUAUAUCAUAGCCUGGGGAUGUAAGUCUAUAAUAGACCAGAGCCAUGGGGUAGAGAUGGUAAGAGGGGUCUCCAAUACAAAGUAUAUUGGUAGGGGAUCAGCAAACUCAGAACAAGCAAUAGAUCAAUUAAAGUUAAAUAAAACGCCAAUCGAAUAUUAAAAACAGUGAUUUAGUCAUACAAUAACAGGAGUGCAAAAUGUUAAGCUUUUCAAUACACCGAAGCACCCAGUUCUAGCAGGUCCUGACCAAAUUUCAUACAGUAACAGAAGUUUAAUCGUGACAUUUUUAGUCUGCCUUCAAUAAUGUUACUACAAUAGAAAUUAAGCAUCGUAUUAACCAGGCACCUAAAACAGAGGACUGUUAGAUCCAAACAUAUGGUCAGAACUUUCAGAAUAUGUAAAGAAAGCCCUCACAUGAACAAGCAUAUAUUAAUUGGUUUCUGUUGCAAUUUAAAACUCUAUGCAAUACAUAUGCAUAUCUCAUACAAUGCAAGAUAUAUAUUUAUUAAACUUGCAUAAAACAAUAUGUUCUAAUGAAACAUUGUAUUUAAUCACAGUGUUUUUGUUGAAAUAAUGCAAUAUUCCAUAGGAGGUAUAAGGACAAAAGAGAGGUGAUCAACACCAAAGACAUAGAUCGCCAGGGACUGCACUUUGGAACUGCAUUCACACACCCCACAACAACAUUAAAGGAACACUAUAGUCACCUAAAUUACUUUAGUUAAAUAAAGCAGUUUUAGUUUUUAGUUUUCAUUCCCCUGCAAUUGCACUGCUCAAUUAACUGUCAUUUAGGAGUUAAAUCACGUUGUUUCUGUUUAUGCAGCCCUAGCCACACCUCCCCUGGCUAUGAUUGUCAGAGCCUGCAUGAAAAAAAAAACUGGUUUCACUUUCAAACAGAUGUAAUUUACCUUAAAUAAUUGUAUCUCAAUCUCUAAAUUGAACUUUAAGCACAUCACAUACAGGAGGCUCUUGCAGGGUCUAGCAAGCUAUUAACAUAGCAGUGGAUAAGAAAAUCUUAAUUAAACAGAACUUGCAAUAGAGAAAGCCUAAAUAGGGCUCUCUUUACAGGAAGUGUUUAUGGAAGGCUGUGCAAGUCACAUGCUGGGAGGUGUGACUAGGGUUCAUAAACAAAGGGAUUUAACUCCUAAAUGGCAGAGGAUUGAGCAGUGAGGCUGCAGGGGCAUGUUCUAUACACCAAAACUGCUUCAUUAAGCUAAAGUUGUUCAGGUAACUAUAGUGUCCCUUUUAAAGGGGCACUCCAGGCACCAAAACAACUGCAUUUAGACAGUUAAGCAUCCUAAACUGUCCCUUUAACACAGGGGGCAGGAUGACUAGCUACACUAGUGGAGGGGAAAGCCAGGAAAGGCCAUCAGAUACAAGCAGUAUAAUUUCAUUACUUUAAUAUGCCAAAAGGCUUCCUUUGUGUCCAAAUAUUGCUAAUUGAACAACAGGUAUUUUAAUACACAUGACAUCUGUACAAGAUAAUUGCUACGAUUAGAAAUAUUUUUAGAGCACUUUUUUCCCACUAAAGAAUUUGGUCACUAAUUGAAAGAAUAAUAGUACGUAGAGUGCUUGGGUACUUAUUUUCCUGCAAUAUAAUUAAGAUUUUGAUGUAUAAUUUGCAGUGGACUCUGACAUGGCUGAUUCAAAAUAUUAAAUUAUAUUCCAAUCUUCAUUUUUCUUUUUUAGAAUAGAACGUAUGAUUAAAAUACAAAAAGUAUUAUUUAUUAUUAAUAAGUUCCACCAUUGCCCUACAAGUUGUAAAUUUGAGGAUUUUAAAAACAUUAUGCGGUUUGACACAUUACUCUCCCACUUUGUGUUCUUUUGAAUGUUUUUUUUUUUUUCUUUCAAUAAUUUAAUUAGACAGUGAUUCACCUGUGAUGUCUCCAUAUUCUGUACAUGUAAUAUGCACCAUGAUGGGCAAUGCAAAAUUGUAUACAUGUAGGGGAAGGUAAAGGACUAUUCAAAGCACCAUAAAAGUGCCUGUCCGUUUGAUGCUGCAGAGAUAAUAAGGAAUUUCUCUAGGGGAGGUAUCACAGUUUUAACAUUUAUGCCCUGGAGAAAAUUGCAGUUGAUGAGGAUGUGAAAUUAGAAGUGUAAAACUGACAUGCAUCAUGUGUUCUAAUGCUUCUCUGUAACAAGCAUCUGAUUGGACACAAGUCAUCAGUAAUGAUGAUAUUACUGUGAUGAUAUUACUGUAGGCAGACUGUAGCUUUAGCGAGGAGACUCUCCUGGGACUGAAAUAAGGUGAAUUGGAGCCCUUCAAUAAAAAGUUAAAAAAAAGAAUAGUUAUAUUACAUUUGAAUGUGUCUUUUAAUACAGUGACAGGCAUAUAGCAUCAAUAAAUUCAGUAAUGAAUUUUGAAAUUUGAGUAGGGAGUAUAAAUGAGUAAAAAGAGUGAAUCCAUUCACGGUGCUCAAAAACAAACAUACUCAUUUCAGUGGUGUAGUAGACAAGUAAUUAACAUUUAAAGCAGACUGGAUGGUGACAUUCUUGUGAUAUAGUCAUUUUGAGCAAGUAUAAGAAUAAGAUCAUAGAUUGCCAGGUGGAAGACUUGAGCAUGAUUGUUUUUGAGCUGGUACAAACAAAUCAAAUGCCUGUUAAUCUGCACCCAACAAAAUCCAUCUGCCUGGGACUUACCUGUGGAGUCUUAUUCAAUGAAUAUCUCCACAGGUAAAUCCUAAACAGAUCGAUUUGUUCAGACAUUUUACAAAUUACCUUUUUCUUUUACAUUUUAUUAUACUAGCGAUUGAAAUAUCACAUUGUCUUAUUCCAUCUUAAUUGUUUUUUUCUUUCUUUUACAGGCUGAAUAUAUCUUCAAAAACAAUCCAGAAUUGGAAUAAAGCACCUUUUUUAAUGAAAAAAAGAAUUCAAAUUUAUAGUUAAUAUUUUGCUCAGUUAAAACAAAAAGAAAUUGUAUAUUUAUCAUUUCUAAUAUUUCUAAUUUCAUGUUGUCAUCACACUCAGAAAUGGUGUAAAUAUUUUCUUCCAAAUAAAAAUUGUGCGGAAAAGAA